AAGUUGUGGCUAUAAUUCUGUAUAUCACAAGGCUUUACGUUCAAAUUCUUUCAAGGAGCGAAUUAAAAAGACAUCGUACGUUACCCAUUUUAAUAGGAAUGAUUAACAAGAAUAAUCCUAAUCGAUAAAAAUGCUAGUAAGCUGACUCACUAUGCGGCAUGCGUCAAUGAAAGAUAAAAAAUGAAAAAAAAAGAAGGUAAAAAAAAAAUUGUGAAACGUUGACCAGAGUAUGAAAACGACAAUAUUAGGAGUCGUUAAAUUGACAUUAGCCACCUUGCAAAAACAAGACCCCACUUUUCCAUUAAAAAAAAAUCUAAAUACAACAACAAAAAUACAAUCCAACAGUUGAAAAUAAAAAUGGCAUUUUUUGUAAAAAUUAAUCCAAAAUUUUCCUGUACAAAAGACUAACCGUUGGAAAAAUUCUGAUCGCCUUCAUAUCAACAAAGAGAAUGAAGAAUUAGGAAGUUUCUAUUCUUUUUAUUUUUUUCUAAAAUUUUAUAAUUUAGGCAUAAUUUAAUUAAUUUAAUUUAAUUUAAUUUAAUUGAUUUUAUUCAUUUAAUUUUAUAUAAAAAAAAGAAAGAGGAAAAAUGGUGAGAGGGAGAUCAUAAAUUCCGCAGGUGAGGAAUGCCUGUAAUUUGCUGUAAAUUUGAAUACUCUUGACGGUUUUUCCAGCCUCGGUUCUCUGCUUCUUCAAGCAACGAUCCAGAGGCUGGUUCCGGAGAGAAAGAGCUACCCAAUUUGAUUUCUGGGGGUUUUAUGCAAUUUUUUCUGGGAAAUUUCGGAUGAUUCUUGAUUGAUUAUACAAAGAGAUAGAAAGAAAUAUACAAUCUUUUGAAUUUGUAUUUUGGGUUUUCUUAAUCAAAUUACCUUCGUUGAAGGUUAUACACUGUAAAUAUAGUUGAAUUUUGGAAAAAUAUAAAAUAAAAAAAUGAGUGUUGUAUCUGGAGUAAUAUCAAGGCAAGUUUUGCCAGCAUGUGGAAGUCUUUGUUUUUUCUGCCCCGGUCUUCGGACAAGGUCGAGGCAGCCUGUGAAGAGGUACAAGAAAUUCAUUGCCGAUAUUUUUCCCAAAACCCAGGAUGAAGAACCAAAUGAUCGGAUGAUUGGAAAACUCUGUGAUUAUGCUGCAAAAAAUCCCCUGCGUGUCCCAAAGAUCACCAAUAAUCUUGAGCAGCGGUGUUACAAGGAAUUGCGAAACCAGAAUUUCAAUGCUGUGAAAACUGUCAUGUGUAUUUACCGAAGAUUAUUGGUGACUUGUAAAGAUCAAAUGCCUUUGUUUGCGAGCAGUUUGCUAAGCAUCAUGCACAUUUUGCUGGAUCAAACAGGACAGGAUGAAUUGCGAGUCAUAGGAUGCCAAGCUCUUUUUGUGUUUGUAAAUAAUCAGAAGGAUGGGACUUACAUCUUUAACUUAGAAGACUUUAUUCCCAAACUGUGUCUUCUAGCUCAAGAAAUUGGGGAAGAUGAGAGGGGAUUUCGUCUUCGAGCAUCUGGACUGCAAACUCUUUCUUCUAUGAUCUGGUUCAUGGGUGAACAUUCCCAUAUGCUAGCUGAGUUUGAUAAUGUUGUAUCAGUAGUUUUGGAAAACUAUGCCACUCCUCAGCAGAAUACAGCUGACGAUACUGACAAGCAGGGAUCUAACGGUAGAUGGGUGCAAGAAGUGCAGAAUGACGAGGGUCAUGUCAUUGCUUCACUUGAUAUGUCAAGGAUUCCUACUUGGGGGGGAAUCAUAAAUUCUAAGGGCGAAUUAAAUGUGGCAGAGGAGGUUGCCAAGAACCCUGGUUUUUGGUCCAGGGUUUGCCUGCAUAACAUGGCUAAGCUAGGCAAGGAAGCCACCACCACAAGACGUGUUUUGGAAUCUUUGUUCCGGUAUUUUGACAAUGGGAAUUUGUGGUCUCUGAUACAUGGGGUUGCUUGUCCUGUUUUGACAGAUAUGCAGGCAGUUAUGGAAACCUUAGGUCAUAGUUCACACUUUUUAUUGUCAAUACUGGUGAAGCAUUUGGAUCAUAAAAAUGUACUCAAACAGCUUGAGAUGCAGCUGGACAUUGUGGAGGUGACCACCACCCUGACUGAGCAAGCUGAGGUUGAGCCUUCUGUUUCUUUGCUUGGUGCGGUAAGUGAUGUUAUGAGACAUUUGCGCAGAAGUAUUCACAGCUCAGUUGAUGAUUCCAACCUUGGUACUGAGGUUAUCAAAUUUAAUAGAAGGUUCAAAGAGUUAGUGGAUGAGUGUCUCGCGCAGCUAGCCCACAAGGUUGGAGAUGCUGGUCCUAUUCUUGAUAUAAUGACUGGCAUGCUAGAAAAUAUUUCUAGUAUCACUGUUAUAGCCAGGACCACAAUUGCAGCUGUGUUCCGGACUGCACAAAUUGUAGCUUCCUUACCAAAUGUAUCAUAUCAGAACAAGGCAUUUCCAGAGGCUCUAUUUCACCAAUUGCUUCCAGCAAUGGUACACCGAGAUCAUGAAACUAGGAUUAUGGCUCAUCGUAUAUUUUCUGUCGUUCUUGUGCCAUCUUCAGUGGCUCCUCGUCAAUAUUCAGCUGCGCCUAUGUCCGGGAAAGGUGCUCAUGUUCCGAGGUCACUUUCUAGAACUGUCUCGGUGUUUUCAUCCUCAGCUGCCCUGUUUGAGAAAUUACGCAAGGAAAGAUCAGGAAGCAAAGAGAACAUUCCGUUUGAUGGGGGAAACAUAAAUGUCGGGAUGUUCAAUAGACUGAAGUCAUCCUACAGUCGAGCAUCUAGUAUUAAGAACCUAGUGCAUGUACCCAUAGAGGAGGGUUCUCCGAACAGCUUAAACAAGGAAGUGGGAGGAAGUUCGCUCAGGCUGAGUAGUAGACAAAUCAUCCUCCUUUUGUCAUCAAUUUGGGCGCAAUCGAUCUCUCCUGAAAAUACACCAGAAAACUUUGAGGCAAUUGCACAUACAUACAGCCUGGUUUUGCUGUUUUCUCGUGCCAAGAGUUCUAGCCAGGAGGCACUUGUUCGAAGUUUUCAGCUUUCAUUUUCCUUGAGAGGCAUUUCUCUUGCAGAAGGAGGGCCUCUGCCACCGUCGCGUCGUCGAUCACUCUUCACCUUGGCCACAGUAAUGAUAAUUUUUUCAGCAAAAGCUUAUGAUAUCCAGUCUCUCGUCUCUUGUGCCAAAGCAACACUAAACAAAAAAAUGGUUGAUCCAUUUUUGUCUUUGGUUGGAGAUAGCAAAUUGCAGGCUGUUAAUAAGAAUGCCACUAUAGCAUUUGGGUGCAAAGAGGAUGAAACUUCUGCUUCAAGAUUUCUAUCUGAAAUUAUAAUUACAGAGGAUCAAACCAGGGAAUCCUUUGCUGCUGAGAUCAUUAGAAGUCUUGAAAAGAUUAAAGACUCUGAAAUAUGCACUGUAAGGGAGCAAUUGCUUAGUGAAUUUUUGCCAGAUGAUGUGUGUCCUCUUGGGGCCCAGAUGUUUGAUAACCCGUCCAAGAUAUACGAAGUGGAUCCUCGACAGAGUGUUUGCCACGAUGAAAUUAUUCCACUCUUUACAAUUGAUGAUGAUUCUUUGCUUGAUAAGAAGCCUAAGCAAGAGUUAUUAUUGACCUUAGAGAAUGGCAGUCUCUUGAGUGUCAACCAACUUCUGGAAUCAGUCCUGGACUCAGCUCACCAAGUUGGAAGAUUUUCUGUCUCAACCGCCCCUGAUUUGCCUUACAAGGAAAUGGCCAGCCACUGUGAAGCUCUUAUGAUGGGUAAGCAGCAGAAGAUGUCCCAUUUGAUGACAGUCCAACGACAAGAAAGCUUAAUCAACUUCUGUGUCCAACAUGCUGAUUUCGAAUCAAACAGGACUACAUCUCCUUCACAGACGGGAAAUCCUUUUGAAGAUGAUCACUUAAUGGCUCCUGCAAUCAACGUAUUACCAGCUGUGAGUCCAGUACCCAUGCUAUGUGCUGCUGAAUACAAUUUACAACCGCAGCACUAUAAGCUUCCCACAUCAAGCCCUUAUGACAACUUCUUGAAAGCUGCUGGUUGUUGAUCAACAAUAAACUAGAGGCGGUCGAAAUGUUCUAAGGGAGCAGUAUAUAUAUAGUUUCUGGAAUUGGUAUUGACGACUUGGCGUUCUGUGCACGAAGUAGCUAAAAAUUCUAUCAGCUACUCCUGAAGCAGCUUGAAUAGUCAGUCCUAGAUUCCAAAAAUUCAUUGUAUUCUUUAAUUAAUUUUUUUUUAUAAAUUUUGUUUUGGGUUAUAUCCAAUUUUGUUCCAAUGGGAUAUGGCAAACAGGUUGUAUCUUCUGGAAUUUUUUUGGUUAGAGUAGAUUUCAAGUACAGCUUUACAGUCACAUCUGUAUCUGCUGAAAGUUUCCGCAUUGUAUAAGAAAACAUUUUCUAAAAAUCAUUUUAUUGGCGUUGACAUCAAUUUUUAUUGUAUGUAUAUUAUGAAUAGAACUUACUGUAAAUUUGCUGAGCAUGGAUGAAAAAGCCAUUGGUGAUUUUA